AUGUAUCGUCGAGCCCUUAUGGACGGGAUCUUCGCAAUAAAUAAACCUUCAGGAGUCACCUCCAGCAACUUCCUUACGCGUGUGAACAAGAUAUUCAAUGAGUCUGAAGUUUUCAAGCCCGCCCUUGAUGAAAUCAAGAAAGAGCUCUAUAGAACUCAACCUAAGGGUUAUAAGAAGAAGCUUCGCCAACUUAAAGUGAAAAUGGGCCACGGUGGCACUUUGGACCCUCUAGCGUCCGGAGUAUUGAUUGUUGGUGUUGGAUCCGGUACCAAGAAGCUGGGAGGCUAUUUGAAUGGCUCUGUCAAAGUUUAUGAAGCGGAAGCACUCUUUGGCGGGUCGACAACGACUGGAGACUCCGAAGGACAAUUGUUGACAAUUAGCGGAGUAGACCACAUCACAAGGGAGAAAGUCGAAAUGUUGAAGAAGAUGUUUGUUGGUCAUUUGCAGCAGACUCCGCCAAUUUUUAGUGCACUAAAGAUGGAAGGAAUGCCACUCUAUGAAUAUGCUAGACGAGGUUUACCUCUUCCCCGCAAGAUCGAGCCAAGAGAAGUUCAGGUGUUUGAGCUUGAUUUCAAGGAUGACUGUCUCAGCACAGAUCACCCGUAUGAGUUUCUCAAGAGCGAGGUGGAUGAAGAUGGAACGGCACUCGUUGACAAGCUCAGCGGAAAUCCAACGCUGAACGACCAUAAGGUGUCCUUCUCAAAAGAGUACAUGGAACUAUGUGACCAGGAUGAAUCAUUGAGUCGCGAAUGCGAGCCGCUGAGAAUUGUGAAGGAGCUUCCCGAUGGAUUCAAAGCACCACUGCUCCAUUUUACAUCUAAGGUUUCCUCGGGAACAUAUAUACGGUCUUUGAUCAGUGACAUGGGACGUGCUCUUGGCUCAUCGGCAUACAUGGUGAAGCUUAUUCGCCGGAAUCAAGCUGAAUGGGACUUGGAGAAAAACGUCUUCGAUAUAGAGGAUUUUGAGCAAGAUGCAAAAAUUUGGGGGCCCGUGCUAGUGAAAGUGUUCAGAGAGGGGGCCUCUGUAAAUGUGAAGGAAGAACUUGCGGCCUCAGGCAUGGAUGAAAAUACCCAAGGGCACGAACAAGAGUCCAAACGUGCCAAAACGGAAGAUUAG